GUCGUGUAUAGCGCACGCUCGUCUCGUAGCGGCUGCAUGGAGUUGAUCCCAACAACGCGGCAAGGCACGCAAGACUCAGUGACUCAGUCAGUGGCGCGCCGCCUAUCGAGAACAUUGCAUGUCCUGCCCGAUCGCGCGGGAUCGCAACGAAUUCAAACACGAUCGCACGAACGAACAACUCGAGAUUGCCCGAAAAACCGAAUAAGAUCCUAUUUAAGUUAAACCUUUUGAUUUGUUACGAUUUUGUGUUUCCUAUGUGUAUUUUGUUUGUGUUUCAUUAUAUUCAGAUUUUUUGAUAUUCGAUCUGAGUUGUCGCUUCGAAAGCUACGUUUUUUUUUUGUGGUCGCAAUGCAUUUUUCGAUAUGUUCCGGUCCAGUUUAAGGAUAAUAUAGAUGGGGACGUUAGAGAUGAGUUCUUUUAAAUUCCCUCCAAAAUCUUCUUCAUGAGAACACAAAUUUGGAAAAUAUGAUUUUAAAAAUGGGAGGGAAGCUGCCUCCGGGCCCGAAGCCCGAGAAGGAGACAAAGAAAGAGGAGAAAAAGGAAGUCAAGAAGAAAUGGGAAAGAUGCGAAGACAAAUGUCCCGGAGAUCCCUGGGCGUACUGCAUAGUGUUGUGGUGUGCGUGCGCGAUGAGCCUCAUCUCGAGCGGCUACAGUUUGUACAAGCAGCAAGGACUUCAGGACAGACUGUCUCUUUUGGAAGAACAGCACUUGGCAUUGAGAAGCGCUGUUCUCGAGCCUCAGCAGCCUCUUGUGGAGAGACUUCGCAGGGAGGUGCUAUCUCGGCCACCGCCGAGUUACUGGAGACCGAAACGGAGUAUCAGGGAUUAUGGGGACUGCGUAUGCCCAUCAGGACCUCCAGGGCCGCCCGGCAAGAGAGGCAAAAAGGGCAAGAAAGGAGACCCGGGCGAACCUGGACCACCGGGUUUAACUGGGGCGGCAGGAAAAAAUGGAUUUCCGGGGAGCAAAGGCGAUAAAGGCGAGCGAGGUUUCAUGGGUCCCAUCGGGCUGGACGGGCCGAAAGGAGAUCCGGGUCGACCCGGAGACAAGGGACACAAGGGUGAGCACGGUAGCCCUGGCUUCGACGUGUUCUCAGCUGUCAAGGGUGUAAAAAGAUCAGUGGACAACUUUAAAAUAAGUCCGUACACCACAGCGGAGAUCAUUGCCGUAAAGGGCCUGCAGGCGGCCGGACACAAUGUCUCCGCGCACACCAUCAUACAGCUCAAGGGAGAGCCUGGCGAACCGGGGCCCCCAGGCCCCGCAGGCCCGCAGGGUCCCGACGGGCUGCCGGGCCACGACGGGAGGACGGGGCCCGCGGGUACCGCCGGCCCGCCGGGACCCAUCGGCCCGUCGGGCCCGCCUGGACCCGUAGGACCCAUCGGACCCAGCGGUCCUUCUGGACUAAGGGGAGACAAAGGAGACAAGGGCGAGCGUGGCUUCACGACGACACUGAAGGGCGACGCGUUCCCCACCGGCAUCAUUGAAGGCCCGCCCGGCCCCCCGGGACCUCCCGGUAAAUCUGGCGAGGCCGGGCCGCGCGGCCCGCCGGGCCUGGACGGCUCGCCCGGCUCCUCGGGGGUGCAGGGACCGCCCGGGAAACCAGGUGAAAUAGGUCCGAAAGGGUCCAAAGGCGAGUACGGCGACAUGGGCUCGCCGGGCAUGCUGGGCGCGCCGGGGCUGCCCGGCCCGCCCGGGUACCCGGGCCUCAAGGGGGAGAAGGGGGACAAGGGCGACUCGUACAGGAAGCUGAGGAGAAGACAGAACUUGCAGGGAGACGGCACUGGAUACGAGCUGUACGGACAUGAUAUUAUGAUGGGCCCGCCGGGCGCGCCGGGCCCCGCGGGGCCCCCCGGGGUGGCGGGCCCGCCCGGCAUCAAGGGCGACAAGGGCGAGCCCGGCGUGCGCGGGAAAGCGGGUGAAAGAGGCGAAAAGGGAGACGCGGGUCCCAUGGGAUUACCGGGACCGGUGGGUCUGCCGGGUGAGCAGGGCCGGCCCGGCGACAUCGGCGCGAGGGAGAACCGCUGGCCGCCGGACUUCGCGUUCACAGCCAGCGGCCACGCGGUCGCGAGGCGUCGCCCGCCCGUCUCGUACGCAUGCGACCUCGGACGUACUCGUGCGGACGCGUGCGACCUCGGACGUACUCGUGCGGACGCGUGCGACCUCGGACGUACUCGUGCGGACGCGUGCGACCUCGGACGUACUCGUGCGGACGCGUGCGGACGACGCCGCCCGCCGCGCGCCGCGCCGCACCCGGGUGUUACCGUCCCGAGGGGGCGCGCACCGCGCCCGCCUCAUAGCAUAAAUUAUUGUUGUUUACAAAUUAUUUUGAAUGAAAAUAAAUAUUUGCAUGCUGUGCAUAUUGGUCUUUCUCUUCGACUCGUACCCUCCGGCUGCCCUGUCUCACCUCUUGGCCGCCCGUUCUGCCGUCCACUGUCUCCGCUCGCGGCAUCACUCGCAUGGCGGUCCGCCGGUAUGCGCCGCAUGCUGGGCCCGGCGCCGCACCCUCGUCUGCAUGCUGAUAUUGGCGAUUCACUCCCCGUAAGGCUGUGGCUGACGUGUGCCGUUGUUCCGCAGGGACCUCCCGGACUCGACGGCAUGAAGGGAGCGCAAGGUGAGCCGGGUUCUAAGGGCGAGCGAGGAGACCCAGGACUGCCAGGAACCGAUGGCAUUCCCGGACAAGAGGGCCCGAAGGGAGACAAGGGCUACAAAGGAGAACCCGGCCCGGCGGGCAAGCGCGGCCGCAAGGGGGACAAGGGGGAGCGCGGGGAGCAGGGCGUGCCCGGACUCGACGCGCCCUGCCCGCUCGGGCCCGACGGCCUGCCGCUGCCCGGCUGCGGCUGGCGGCCCAGCAAGGAGGCGGUGCUGCAGUGGGUGCGGCGCCGCCUGGACGUGGACAACGACCUGCCCGUGUGAGAGCCGAGGCCGCGACGGUCACCGCCGCACCGCCGUCACUACGGUCACCGCGGUCACCCCGGUCACUGCGGUCACCCCGGUCACUG